AUGAGCACCACACCAACCGAUACAGCACCACUGCCCCGGAAGUCUCUGAUUGAGAAGGUGGAAGCAUGGGGAACCUCCUCUCUCCCACCAAUGGGCAUGGCGACGUUGAUAACAGCCCUCCACUUCCGGCCCUUCCAACCACUACCCAUGCUCCUCACCCCAGCCCUCAUCUUCACGUCCUACGUCACCUUGAGCGGCUGGGCCAUUGACGGCGCUGGCCUCAACAUGGCCUGCAGCGGCCUCUACGCGCUGCUCGCCAUGCGCAGGAGGCCCGCCUCGAUCCGCAACAAAUUCUCGGCUAGGGGGUUCGUGCGUGGCGUCGCCAUCGGCCUGGGCGCAUCGAAUGCCAUCGCGGGCGGCUGGGUCUACUUUACCGGUGAUAGGAAGAGGGAGAAGGCGGAUAGGAUAGCCAGGAACCGCUGGGGCGGUCCAACUCCCAAGUGA